AAAUAAAAAAGUAGUCCAAAAGCAUUAUAUAACCUAAAAAAUAUGUGAAUAUCUUUAAAAUGUUUAAAAACGUACUGGAUAGUGGGUUGUCCAGAAUUUUAACUAUAAAAACAGCAAAAUGCACUGCACACUCCUUUAAAACAGUGGAGACAGUGAAUAAUAAACCCAUAAAACCAAGAUUAGUAUUAGCCGCAAAAAAAUUGGAGACAUUAUUGGAUAUUAGAAGACUUCAUGCCCUUGAUAUAGUAAGCAAUAACAAGAAAUUAGCGUCAAUGGAUCCCGUAAAGUUAGAAAAGAAUUACAAUGCUAUUAUCAGGGAAAAUAUCUCAAACAAGGACAUACUUAAAAACCCAGAAAUUUUAUCUGAAUCCAAGUUAACAUUAACACAUAAAUUAAAUUUACUGAGGCAGUUACCUUAUGAAGUUGGUGUUACUUUGCCAUUGCUUAGCAUAAGUGUUAAUGAGUUGGUGUUUUUAAUCAAUGAUGAUAUAACAAAUAGUAGGAUCAAAGUAAUUGGCGAUCUUCUGGAUUGUUCAGACUAUGAGACAUGUAAAUUGAUUGCAAAAAGAAAAUUUUUGGCAUCCUUAAAUCUUGAACAAAUAAAAAAUAACAUUGAUGCGUUAUUGGGGUAUAGAAUUGAUACAGACCACAUAAAAAAGGAUCUUUGGGUUUUAAAAUAUAAUAUUGAAACAAUUAGAAAUCGUUUGGAAUUGGCAAAGUUGCAUAAAAUUGAUACUAUUAAGACUUGGAUGGUCAGAUCUAAACUUUCUAUAUUUGAUGCGUAUAUUAAAAGAAGAGUUGAUAAUAAGUCAGUACUGGGUGAAUUUUCUCUGGCUCAGUACUUAUCAAAAAGAUUAAAUUGUACUGAACCAAUGGCUCAAUAUUUAAUUCAAAAACAUCCAGCUCUGGAGAGUAAAAGUCUGAUAAAAAUGGAAGAAAUAAUAAACUUCUUGUACAACCAAGGUUUUAAACCAAAACACAUAAGAAACUGUCCCAAAAUUCUUCUACACAGUGUCGAAACAACAAAAAAUCGCCUUAAACAAUUAGAAGCACAAGGAAUGUUUCUUGAAUCUUUAUCAGUCCUCACAAAAAGUCAAAAACAAUAUUUAACUUUUUAUGAUGGCCUUGUUAAGCAAAAUAAAAUGAAGAGUUAACAAUA